AUGCUGAUUUCGCCGAAAAGCAACCAACCGUUUAUGCUGCUACAGGAGGUCGAUUUUUCAUGCCAGCAUUUGUUAAGGCUUGUGCGUGAUCAUCUUUCACGAGUAUCAGGAGCUGGCUGCUUUUCCCCCAUUAAUUAUAGGAAUAUACAUCGUCCCAAGCUAGUGGCCCCACGAUCCAAAAAAAAAUCCAAAAAAAUGCUAUCUACUUCUGCUUCUGGCGUGCCGAGUUGUGAGGUUCGCUUGGUACUGCCCUCAGUUCUUUUUUUAGUAUCUUCUCUUCAUUUAGUACCCGCCUCACCUCAUUUAGUUGUAUGUUUUGGCCCUGGACCUGGUGUGAGUACUUCUUGGUGUCUUGUUGAGUGGCUGACGUCCUCUUGUGAUUUGAAGGGGAAUAAAUCAAGGUGCUACGGAUGGCCUCACAAGUAGACAGCAGUAGCUACAUGAGAGGCGCCAUGACAUGACAAAUCUUGGUGUGUUGUUGGGUGGCUGAUGUCGUCUGGUGCUUUGAAGGGGAAUAAAUCAUAAGGGGAACCUCCUCUAAUCUUGGGCGAUAUGGCGGUGAACUGUUUGUGUAACUACUUGGACAAGAAGACGAAGACGCCGGUCCAUCUUAACAUCCUCAAGUUGUACAAGAAUGCGAUUGGUAUUCAUGAUUUUGAUUUUUUGGAUGCUGCAGUCACUCAGCUAGAUUGAUACAGAAGAACUCAGCUAGAUUGAUACAGAAGAACUCAGCUAGAUUGGUACAGAAGAACUAUAUCAACUCAUACUCUUCUUCGUACUAGAGGGAAUUGUCGUUGACGUUGACGAUUCGAGGCGAUUACUUACAGAGAGUUUUUGUACAAAAAAAGAAGGGUGGAAGAAUAGAAAAGUUUCAGAUCUUGCUCGCAGCUUAAUUAAAAGGGGGAGAGCGUCCCAGCGCUCUCCCCCGCCGAUCCUUUUAUCUCCCGCCAGCUCUUAGCAGAGUGAGUGGUGGGGUUCAGGCAUAAGGUAGCCCCUUUGGUUGGCGUAAGCCCUCCGGUUUCUGUUUUUCUUUUUGGUUAGUUUUUGGCGAUUGCGGAAGCCGGACGCGGUUGAGGAUGGUGCACGAAGUUUGAAGACCCUAGUCUAGUGUAGCUCCACCAAUCCGAUGAUAUAGCUGGAGAAUUCUUAAAGAUUCAUCGUGGGCCGACUUACCCUAAAGCGUUUGGAUCUAUUUAAAUUAGUGGCUCCGCUUUUCGCGCCGUGAGUUCGCCCGCGUUUCAUGCGCGUGAUCAGUUAGAGUUAGAAGAGGCCUCCCCAUUGAUCUAGCGCAUCACGUGUUCGAUUCUCAGGGUGUAGCGUUGUGUCUUCGGGGUACAUCUGAUAGCGCCCAUCAUGGUUGCUUUUUAUCGCUGUAGGUUGUUAGUUCAUAGCGGUUGCCGUCGUGCUUAACCGUUUGCGUAUUUUUCGUGCCUGGCCGUCGUGCUUCAGGCCUUGGCCUCCCGCUGGGUAAUUGUUGAAUGUUCGUAGUGCGCGAAAUUGUAGACCCAGGUAACAAAAAAAUAAUGGAGGCGGUGGCGGCACAUGAAUGAGUGAGGGGUUGGAGGUUGUCCUUGUCGUUGUGGUUGACCGCGCUAUGCGCAUACAUCUACUACGGCUUUUUCAACUAGGAAAGUCGUGGAUAUUCGCGAUAGAUCGCCUAAUGUCCGACUGCUAAUGCUAGUUUGGAUCGUAGCACUGUAGCAAUUCAAUAAAAUUGCCUGGUGCUUUAUUAAACAUAAACUUGAUUGGAAAUUUUCUUGAGAGUAAAUACUAACACUUGUCCUUCUUUUUUCACCACGCACUCUCUCACUCUCACUCUCGCUCACACACGGCACACGACAGGUGACAACGGUGUAGAGAGAUUGGGCAAAACUUUGGGAAAACGGUCUUUGAAGGAGCUCCAUUUGUCCGACAAUAAGUUCAGCCACGUUGGAUUGCGUAAGUUUAAGGCUAGAGAAGAUAACUCAUCUUUGAGGGCAUCCCUGAAGCGUGUGGCUGAGUAUCCACAUGGUGAUACAGUUCAGGGAUGCAGGACAGAGAUGAGUAUCUGACAGCCCUAAUAAAUUGCUGGUGGAAAUGAGUUCCAAUCAAGACUACCCACAUAUGACUGAUGUUUUUUCUCCCACUUUAGUCAAUUACUAAUAACAGACCAUAUACUCGAUCUAGGCGGCCGCCGCCUUGUUUUCCCGUUAAGUCUAAAUCUUCACCUUCUUUUGAUUUAUUUCGGUCUUUUCCUAGUUAGGUUGGCGCCACCACUCCUAUUAUAGGUUACGUAGGUUAAGGGGGGCCUCGAUGUGCCUCGAUAUUAUAGGUCUGCCUCUACUAGAGCUAGAGGGGAGAACAAGCAUCGUCCUUCAUACCACGCGUUGAAGCUUUGGACGCGGGAGGGCCUUUGGGUGAUGUCAGUAUCCUGAGCCUGUAUCUUCGAGUCUUAAGAAAAUAGUGACAAAUCUAGAUCUUGGAGAUCGUUCUUGUGGAAGUUUCAUCAUAUUGUUACCUCAACAACUUGAGCUUGCUAUUAGUUUGAGGGGUCUGCGCUUUCUCGUCUCGCCACUACUUACCCACGACGGUGGAAGUAGAUACUUCUAGAUGACUUACCACUUCUAGAUGACUUACUGCUCAACAGCUGCCUCUUCUAAUCUAGGACAACAACCGAAAAGUGAAUACCAGCAAACUGCUAGAGGGACUCCAAGAAGAAUGCGUAAAGGCGCGCAAUGAACGAAACCCACACCAACUCUGCUCCUGGGCCCCUCAAGUGCCUCUCUUCGUCUACACGACACGGCGAAGCCGUUCAAAGUUCAAGCAGGUUGUCGUGAAAGAGCACGAGAUGCGGAAACUCUGUCAUCAUUAAGACACGCAAUAGCACACCUAGGUGACACGCAAAUAACAUUAGCAUGAUGAUUAAGACACGCAAAUUUAUUAGCUCUAGUGCUAAUAAAUUUCUUUUUGCUUACGAUGACGCAUGUUGACUUUAGUUCUAGACACCUGAGCAACUAGUAAAGCCGUAGUUACUUGAUAUCUCAAUCUGGAUUUCCUCUAGUAGAUUCUAAAACUAGAAAUAGUACUAGAUCUGUCUUUAUCUCCUCCAGCUACCAGCUCCUAAUAGAGGCUUGAGGAGAAACAAGGCAGAUACCCGUCAGCUAGCCACGGAUCACCGAAGCUGUGGAUUGGAUGCCUGAUGCAGCAGCCACUCUGUCAGAUUUUCUUAUGUGGACAGUUCAAUGAUAUUUAAGUAAAAACUAACAGCGGUUCGAUAGUCAUAGUUUUUUUCUCCUAGUUUCCUUGCUUCCAUGAUGAUAUGUUCUCACUUUCGCUCUACCUGUCGUAGUCUUUCUACCUGUAGUAUAGUUUCUCUACCAACCUGUAAUAGUCUUUCUGUACGUGGUUCUUGAAUGAAUGGUGCAGGUGCUGGUAUUUGGUAACCUGAUUUUGAUCAUGAGGAAAACAAGAAGGGAAUCCUUGUGAUCGAAUUCAGGUUGCCAAAUACCAGAGCCAUACACUGAUAAGCCGAAAUGCUGCCAGUCUAGUGCGACUGUUAGAUACUUAGAAGAUACUACAUAACAAUAUGCUAUAAAGAAAGUUGUGACAACUACUACUCAUGUGCCUAAGUAGUCAUCUUCAUAGUAGUCAUCUUCAUUUUGACUAGAGCAAUAGGUUCGACUGCUAUGAAAUAGCAAAGUACUUAGAUUAGUUCAUCACUCAAUGGCUUCCUCCGAUGUAGUGGUAGUUGCCUCUACCUGAAUCUGGCCUAGACCUCAUUUGUUUUCUACUGCAAGAACAGGCAUAUUAGUAGAUGACGCGCCUUCUUUCUUCUACUAGUACUUACAAAUAUGACCUAAAUACAUCUAGAUGAUCUUCUAAGAAGUUAGUAUCAUCUAAUCCGUGGCUUUGCAGAGGAGGAAUUGAGCAGCAGAGGCUCGAGCGAAAGCAAACGAUUCUGGGGAAAACUGUCGCGGAAGGAACAACAGAAGGAAAUACUUGGAGACGCAGAAACAGGUAGAGUUGGCAUUCCAAUGUCUAUCCAGUAUACAAAUUAAAAUCUUUGAAGCCUGGCGUCAUGGGCGAUAAUUUUCUUAGCAUUGUUUCUUCAACAGGGAAGAUAAUGUGACAUGAGGAUGAGCUUUUUAUUUGUCUUUCGCGUUCGCUUAGACUUAGAGGUAGCGAUCUGUCAUUUUUCCUUUCCAUGUCUUUUUCGUGCUUAAAAGAGAUUGAUAGUAAGUAAGACUUAGCAUUGUUCUUUGUGUCCAAGGUCUACCAGGUUGCUCGAUUGUAUUUCGUUCCAGGUGUGGUCCAGCAACAGCACGUUUAUCCGAUGAACAUGGAUCAGCACCAGCAAUCCUUUCACUCGCCUCAAUUGUAUGGCAACGAGCAAGCAGUUGAGGCGCAAAACGUAAACGAGCAGCAGUCCUCAUCCGCGGAGUAUGAUCAGCAUCAAUUUGGAUCGCCGGAUAACCUCUACAUCAACUGUAGUCAACUCCUAGGAUAUGGGUAUCAGGGGAGUCCCGGCGUAGCCGGGGACGCGACAACAUACGACAACUACGAGGCAGGAACAUCACAACAAUGCUCUUGGGGCGGCAAUGCUGGUGGGGGAGGUGCCGAAGCCUCAGGAGCGGGCUCGGAUAGUUCUUGGAAUUACGUCGGGGAGCACGCGGCGGGACUGGGCUCUUCAUCUUGGAACUACAACAACGUUGAGGGAGUAGAACAAGCGUCAUCAACUUCAACGUAUCCCCACCUGGAACAGCUCAGCUACAACGCUGUGGCGCAUGUGGCGCACGCGGAUGCUGCACCUCUGACAACUGCCGUUAAGGGCACUAGACUUUUGGCGUUGCUUAUACCGUUACAGCUUUGCCUUUCUUAAUUUGGUAUAAGGGGGAUUGAAUAGACAUGACAAUGGGGGGAAAUCUUAGGCCGAAUAGAUUCACAUUAUCAUGGACGUGACAAUGACUAACGGGGGAAGCUACUUAUCACAAAAACCGUACAUCUAAUCCUUAUGGUGGCUUCUGGGCUCAUUCUGAUCCAUCUACUCCCGGCCCGCCGCAAUAUCCACCUACGGAGGAAGACGAAGCCGGGAUGGAGAACCUCCAAGGUUGGUCGCAGCUCCUGGAGGGUGAGAUGCGUGAGUUCUUACGGGUCACUGCUGAAACUCGAGUACAGUAGUCAUCGAGAAGUAAGUAGGCAGAUUUCGUUUGUUCAUGCUAAGUAAUGAUUAGAGUUCGAUUUUGAAUGAUCAUGAAUCCAAGGAGGUCUACUAUAUUUUUUUUGUCAAUUUUUUUAUUUGAGUUCACGUUGUUCUUGUUACCUCAAGUAGCUCAAACGCUAGUUCUUUGUCCUUUUGCUUUGUCUUCUGCUCUUCAUCUGUUCAUCUGUAGUUGUAGCUCCUGUUCUAAACAGGAUGAAAGCGUCGGAUGUCCCUGUGUUGAGCUCCAGCAGGGACAAGGCCUCGAAAAAGGGAUCACGUCGUGCCCUUGUGCCGGAUUAUGAUUAUGGCUGUCGAAGCAGUACAACUAAGUACCUAACUCACCCAUUAGAGGCAGAGGCAAUAUCUAAUGUAGGUCACUCAGUAGUGACGUCUCGGCGUAUACAUUAAGGCGUUGUAAGCUGCAGUUGGUUGUACAACUAUCAAUCUAGUUCACAUAGUAGUGGCGUCUUGAUGGCCUAUUUACUAAGCACCACCGACUAAGCACCACUUAGAAGAUGCUCAACAUAUGUGAAGAUGUUGAGCAAGUGCACCAUCAUCGAGCACAUUCAUCUCUAAUCCUGCGUAUUUAACGACAAGGACAACAACGCAAGUAGAACUGGCAACAAGAAAGGAAAGGGAAAGCAGACUGCGGAUACUGGCAAAACAGGCAAGGAUCUGGGAGGAAAGGGUGGACAAAAAGAAGGAUCAAGACCUACAAGCUGUGCAGCUAACAAGUGGAAAGCAGUAGGUGGGAACGAGGAGAAGAAGAUCUACUUUGGUUCUCAGAGAAAUCAAACUCAGUCGGAAAAUGCCACAAGAACUUCGAACACCAACACCUCCUCGGCAAACAGAAACACUACAGGUACAGCAAUUAUCACGUCAACGGUCACGACCAGCAUCACGUCAAGCAUCACAUCCACUUUCACACCAACAGAUACCACACUAAAUAGUGAAGAGACAAACGGCGCUAUUAAAGCCUCUAGUAUCACGGCUUCCAGAUCCGCUUCGACUAAGGGAAGUUCCGCUUUGAAAGGAAAAAAGUUUGGACCACCUGAUCGAUGCAGAUUCGGUGCAAUGAAAGGGUAAUAUUUAUUAGUUCGUUGAUUUGGACGCACAGUGACAAAAUGAACAUGCUGAUGACUGACAUUUGUUGCAUCCUGUGAUCAGGAGGGCAAGGUAGAUGAGUUUCUAAUAUACCAUUUUACUGCUUUUAUCUCAUCAAUCUCAAAAAUCAGGUUGAUCAUGAGUUGUAGUGGGGAGUAGUUUUUCAUGCAUACUUUUUUCUCCAUUAUUUCUGUUUUCACCGGUGUGACAGAGGACUGUUCUUCUUGUAACAAAAAUAAUUAUAAUAUACUCCAUCAGGCCGAUUUUAUUUGACGUAGGAGCAGCACCAUCUUCAGCAAGCGCUAGGCCGGCUGCAGCAACUCACUCGUCUGUGACAUCCAGCUCGCCGCAAGGACACGACGCAAAAGCGAGCUCCAGUGCGUCGCCAAGCACGAACUCGACAGAUUCGCUACAUGUUUAAGGCCCUCCUGGAUUUUGACUCAUUCUUUCAUUGACUGACUGCAGUUUCUAUUUCAAUCACAGAUUACUUGUACUUCAUCUGAGAUCCUUAGUUAUUUCUGGUAUCCAUUGUGAAGAGACUCUGUAACUGUAAGUAGACUUAUGUUUCUUGUAGUAGGUACGGGUACUGGCACACCUAGGACUCCGAAAUCUAUAAGCAAUCAAUCAUCGAAACUCCAAUGUUUAUAAAAUGUGUAGGUGACAGAUCCCCGUGUGGUUAGUCUUGAGCUUGAGGCUGACGCUGACCUCCUCUAAUCUGUAUCUGUUCUGCCGAAUUCAGGCGAAAACCAGAUGAGCGCUGCCACUAAGACUUGGAAGAGCAUGAUGGUCGCAGCGGAAAGUCGAGGCGCCAUGACUAACGCUCGGGAGAGCAUACGUGUCGCCAAAUACUAUGAUGUUGAUGAAGAUGUGCCGGAUCGAGGAGAUUGUCGAUACCAAUAA